GGUCAAAAGGUGACAUGGUUGACUCCUCAUGCACUCCAACAAGUCAUGCCUCAAAAUGUGGAUUAUAAGAUCAUGCUUACCUUCUUGGAAUUUUAUGAGACUCUCCUUGGUUUUGUUAAUCUCAGACUAUAUCAUUCAAUUAAGUUGAAAUAUCCACCUAUUCUUGAUCCUCGAUUGAAAGCUUUAGCAGCAGAUUUAUAUGCUUUGACAAGAUAUGCUGAUGCUAAAGAGCGAGCAAUUGGAGUAAAUGAUGAGGAAUCUGAGCUUAGGUUAGCACAGCUUCAGGACCAACUUCCUGCUAAUGAACCUGGUGCAUUAAUGCACCUUGUUGAAAACGUUGCUGAUGACAACGAAGAUGAUGAAAAAACAAUAGCCUGCAAAACACUCUUUUAG